CAGAAAAUAGACGCAUUAUCGGCCUCUCUAUGGCUAUUAUACCAUGCUUGAACGUAUUGUAUUGUAUUGUGCAGAAUCAAAUUUGGAACAUGAAGCCAGUUUGACUUUUCCUCUUCAUGGAAAUGUUUAUUCGUUUAUCGAAGUAAAUCUAAUUGUGUGUAGAUCUACAUGUUAGUGUAGCGUCAUUAUUGACAUUGUCACAUUGGCUGACAUUUCCUACACUGAACUGGCUACUCUAGCAUAACUAGAUAUCUAGAUCUAGAAAUCUAGAUCUAUACUCUAGAUUCUAGAUUAGAUCUAGAUCUAGACUCUAGAUCUAAAUCUAAUAAACAAAUGGACGCCAACUGUGAGGAAGACACAACAAUAACAAUGUACAGACUUAACUCUGGAAAUGAUAAUGACCCUGUAUGUGUGAAAACGUGUGAUUUAUUUGCCCCUCGUUCUUCUGGAGAAGUUAUGAAUCUUUGGAUUGAUAGAAUCUAGUAAUGUUUUGCCUAGUUGUUAAAGAUGAACCUAUGUCUAGUUCUGGGACUAGAUCUAGAUCCAGAUCUAGUAUCGAUACUCUUUGUCUUAGUACUUUAAAAGAAGAUGUAAAACAUGACAUUAUAGGAAGGGAAGGUGAAUCUCUGGGUGUUGAUGAGGAACAUCAUUUGUCAGUAAAAGAAGAGCCCAGGUUUGAAUGGCCGUGUGACGUCAAGGCCGAGACAAAUGACAAACUGAACGUUGAAAGUGAAAGUACCCUGACUCUCAGACACAGUGUAGUAAAAGAUGAUCCUAUCUGUACUGAGGAGGAAGACGUGACAACUGUCGUUAAACCAGAGUGCCUCACAGAUAUAUGUACGGUGAAAACUGAACCACUAUUUGGACAUUUUCUUGACUUUGGUGAUGAAGUGAAACCAAAAGUGGAGAAUUUUGUGAAAGAAGAAGUGUCAGAAUGGGAAGGUCCCGACAUUGGAGAGGUAGGCAAGACAGAAGUACAAGUGGGAGAUGUGGAGGAUACGUGUGCUGAGCCCGUGUUUGUUGAGGAUCACAUGAGUCAGACUGGAGGACUACUGCUGCAAAUCUCCAAUGUGAGGAGCUUGUGUAUGGAGCAGAGUGACAGCCCUGACAUUGAUGUUGUUGCUUCCAGUAGUCCAACUUCAACUUUCUCUCCUGAUCCAGUCACAAGUUCUGGAUCUGUUGUCAGGGCCAGCUGGGAUCACGGAAAACGUCUUAACGGCAAAAGUCAUAUGUCUUGUGAUAGUAAACAGUCCAUGGGUCAAGGUCCCGAUUUCAACCAUUCUUGUGCUCUGUCUUUUGCCAGUUGUAUAAAUUCUACGGAAUCUUCUAGUACCACACCCCCAAAACUGUACAAAGAGAUGGGCGCUGGUUGCCAAGAUGUGCCAAGGUUUCUGCUCAGGGAAAGUAGAUACUCUGGAGAAAAACCUCACAAGUGUAAUGUCUGUCUUGAAAUGUUAACAGAACUAGGUAAUCUACAGAAACACAAAAGAACACACACAAGAGAUAGGCCUUACAAGUGUGAAGUUUGUGGUGCCACAUUUACACAGAGCAAACAUCUACAGAGACACAAAAGAACACACACAAGAGAAAAGCCUUUCACGUGUGAAGUUUGUGGUGCCACAUUUACACGUGGCAGAAAUCUACAGACACACAAAAGAACACACACAGGAGAAAAACAUUACAUGUGUGAAGUUUGUGGUGCCACAUUUACACAGGGUAGCACUCUACGACGUCACAAAAGAAUACACACAGGAGAAAAACCUUACAAGUGUGAAGUUUGUGGUGUUACGUUUACACAAGGUAGCAGUCUACAGCGUCACAAAAGAAUACACACAAGAGAAAAACCUUACAAGUGUGAAGUUUGCUGUGCCACGUUUACAUACCGUUGCAAUCUAGAAAGUCACAAAAGAAUACAUACAGGAGAAAAACCUUACAAGUGUGAAGUUUGUGGUGCCACGUUUACACAGGGUAGCAGUCUACAGAGUCACAAGAGAACACACACAAGAGAAAAACCUUACAAGUGUGAAGUUUGUGGUGCCACGUUUACACAGGGUAGCAGUCUACAGCGUCACAUGAGAGUACACACAGGAGAAAAACCUUUCAAGUGUGAAGUUUGUGGUUCCACGUUUAUACAGAAUAGCCAACUACAGAGUCACAAAAGAAUACACACUAUAGAAAAGCCUGACAAGUAUGUGUGAAGAAGAAGAAGAAGAAGAAGAAGAAGGUUUAUACAGAAUAAUAGCCAACUACAGAGUCACAAAAGAAUACACACUAGAGAAAAGCCUGACAAGUAUGUGUGACAUUUGCGGUGCCACGUUUGCACAUAACGGAAAUCUACAAAA